GACAGGAUGUCUUACGGAUCCAUAUAGUAUAUCCACCAAUCUGACUGAUGUUGUUGUGUUCUCUCUGUUCCAGACAGACCCAAAACCACCAGGACAGGAUGUCUUAUGGAUCCAUAUAGUAUAUCCACCAAUCUGACUGAUGUUGUUGUGUUCUCUCUGUUCCAGACAGACCCAAAACCACCAGGACAGGAUGUCUUAUGGAUCCAUAUAGUAUAUCCACCAAUCUGACUGAUGUUGUUGUGUUCUCUCUGUUCCAGACAGACCCAAAACAGCCAGGACAGGAUGUCUUAUGGAUCCAUAUAGUAUAUCCACCAAUCUGACUGAUGUUGUUGUGUUCUCUCUGUUCCAGACAGACCCAAAACAGCCAGGACAGGAUGUCUUAUGGAUCCAUAUAGUAUAUCCACCAAUCUGACUGAUGUUGUUGUGUUCUCUCUGUUCCAGACAGACCCAAAACAGCCAGGACAGGAUGUCUUACGGAUCCAUCGAUGGAGGCUCCUUUGGAGGCAGCCGAAACCCCUUCGGAGGCCCCAAGAGGCAGGGCUACCAACCAGUAGCAACACAGGUCAGCUCCUCAGAGCUGCAAGACGUGUUUCAAGAGACCUCCUCCAACAUUUUCCAGAUCAACGCAAAUGUUGUAACAUUAGAGAAGAGUCUUCAAUCUUUGGGAACGUCCAGAGACACUGCUGAACUGCGACAAAGCCUACAUUCUACACAGCAGCAAACGAACAAAGUCAUCACCAGCACUAGUCAACUCAUCAAACAACUCUCUGACAUCAUCACUGGCUCUACACGGCAAGAUCGUCUUCGCCUGACUAGACUUAAGACAGAACUCUCAGAGUCGGUUCAACGCUAUGGAGAUCUCCAAAAGAAAAUUGCAGACCGUUCGAGGGCCUUGCUACCCCCGGCACAGACAGAAAUGAAGCAGAGCCCCCAGACUCCAUUUGCAGAGCUGUGUGAGGAGGGGGGUCCCCUGUUUGGAGGUGCAGCAGAGAGCUCUGGGGGGGAUGGACAGGAGCAAGCGUUCCUCUCAGAGAUCAGUGAGGAAGACGUGGAGGCCCUUCGCCAGAGAGAAGAGGCCCUGCUGCAGAUUGAGAGAGACAUGUUGGAUGUCAGCCAAAUCAUGCGAGAUCUGGCCAGUAUGGUGCACGAGCAGGGAGAUGCCAUAGAUAGCAUUGAGGACUACAUUCAGACCACCACAUCCAACGUGGAGUCAGCCAAUCAGGAGCUAGCAAAGGCCAGCCAUCACCAGAGGCAGAUUAGGAAGAGGAAGUGUUACAUGCUGGUGGCGGGAAGCUUCAUCCUCACCCUCCUCAUCAUCAUCAUCGCUGUGUCAGCAAGAAAAUGAAACCAACUCCAGAGGUAGCCGCUGUCAUAAUGCUGUGACCUCGCUGCUUCUGCCCCACCUGACCACCUGACCCCUGACCUGUACCAGCUGUCUCAGAACAACACCUCUACUUCGUCCUGGCUGUCCCUCCUUGGUUAUAUAGUUAGAUAUUUGGUGUGCACAGGUAUAUGUGUGUGUGUGUGUGUGUGUGUGUGUGUGUGUGGGUGGGGUGUGUGUG